AGCGCAGACCGUGGAUGUAAUAUUAGUCAGAGAUCACUCAUACAGCCGAAUAUAACUGAAUGAUAAUGGCUUCCAGGGAUCCUGUGGUGCGAUUUAACCUCUGAGUAGAUGAUUAAAGAGGAGGUGGAGAGCAUCCCUGAACCUGAAGAUGAGGCGUCUGUCUCGGAGGAAAGCCCUGACCCUGGUGAGAGAGCUGGACGCCUUCCCAAAGGUGUCAGAAAGCUACGUGGAGACCUCAGCCUCUGGAGGAACAGUGUCGCUGAUUGCUUUCGGUGCCAUGGCUCUUCUGGCUUUCUUCGAGUUCUUUGUUUAUAGAGACAGUUGGAUGAAGUAUGAAUAUGAAGUUGAUAAGGAUUAUUCCAGUAAAUUGAGAAUAAACAUCGACAUCACAGCUGCCAUGAAAUGCCAGCAUGUUGGAGCAGAUAUUCUGGACCUGGCUGAGACCAUGAUCACAUCCAACGGCCUCCAGUACGAGCCUGUUAUUUUUGAUCUGACUCCACAACAGAGAAGGUGGCAAAGGACGUUGCUUCUCAUACAAAACAGGCUGAGAGAGGAACAUGCUCUUCAGGAAGUCCUUUACAAAAGCCUCCUCAAAGGCGGUCCCACUGCCCUGCCCCCCCGGGAGUAUGCCUCUAUAGAGCCACUGAAUGCUUGCAGGGUACACGGGCAUGUCUACGUCAACAAGGUGGCAGGAAACCUACACGUAACUGUCGGAAAGCCCAUUCACCAUCCACAGGGUCAUGCCCACAUUGCCGCUUUUGUCAGCCAUGAUACGUACAACUUCUCCCAUCGGAUUGACCAUUUAUCUUUCGGGGAGGAGAUACCGGGCAUCAUCAAUCCUCUGGACGGCACAGAGAAAAUCACCUAUAACCAUAACCAGAUGUUCCAGUAUUUCCUCACAGUGGUUCCAACCAGACUGAACACAUACAAGAUAUCUGCAGACACACACCAGUUCUCUGUGACUGAGCGGGAGCGGGUGAUAAACCACGCAGCGGGCAGUCACGGUGUCUCCGGCAUCUUCAUCAAGUACGACACCAGCUCUCUGAUGGUGACGGUCAGCGAGCAGCACAUGCCUCUCUGGCAGUUCCUGGCAUGCUUCAUGGGCUUGUUGGCCUCUUUUUUGACGUUAUUUGCUGUCGCCUCAAACUUGGAGUCUACAGAAGAGAGGAGGUGCAGCUACACAACGAGAUGAACAAUCUUAACAAUCACCAGACUCCUUUGUUGGCUGAAGCAGUCCCCCAGGAGUAACCGUUUCUCUGUGAGCAGGCUUUUGGCCAUUGUUAAAUAACGUCAUCAAUGUUAUAUAAUUGUGUUUUCUACAAAACAGUCUAAAUGAUCUGUGCUGUUGACUGACAAAUGGUAAAGUUUACAUAAGAUCAUUGCACUUUAGGAAAAUGUGUUUCCCGUGAAUGCAUGAGUCAUACUUGUGUUUCUUUUAAAAACACGAUUACCUUCCUUUCCUGUGAUGGGUUUGUUUAGAAAAGUUGUAGACUUUCUGUCCAUGUGUUGUAAUAUCAUAUAUGCUGAUUGUUUGGCUGCCAUUCAGUCCAUUAAAGUUCACAUAUUUACAAAAGAAUGAGGUUUGGUCCCUAAGCGUUGUUUUGUGAAAAACAUUUAAGUCUUGUGUUAAAGUCAUUUCAGAAUAAAGGUGAUCAAACAUUUUUCAAAUGACAUCAGCAUGCAGUUAACAAUUUAGUUAUGUAUUUCUGUUGUUUGCUCCAUACAGUUUUAAAGAGCUCUGCAUUUGCAAAGUCAGCACUUUGUUUUGUAAAACACACAUACAGGCGAGUAACACAACCCUUAAAACAACAUUGUAAGAACUGUUAUGAUACCACUGAAAUGACUGCAGACAUUCUGGGUGAUUAUCUCGGUCUACAUUUCAGAGUACAGUUUCCAUGAAUACACCACAGACAUGGGCUUUGCAUAAACAUUUAUUAAGUUGUGUCCCUUUUCCCCCCAUUUAGGCUCGUAACUGCAUUUGUAUUCGGUCAAGAGUCAAGCCACAUACAAAACAACACAGUUUUCUCAUGUUUAGUCAAAAUCGUCUUGCCUGUCACA